AUGAACUCGAUUGGAAACACCACAUCCGUGAAGCUAGUUCUUCUCGGCGAAGCCGCCGUGGGCAAAUCGUCGUUGGUGCUAAGAUUCGUCAGCAACGAUUUCCAGGAAAACAAGGAGCCCACGAUCGGCGCUGCGUUUUUGACUCAGAAGUGCACCGUUGGUGACAGAACGAUCAAGUAUGAAAUCUGGGACACGGCGGGCCAGGAGCGCUUUGCGUCGUUGGCGCCCAUGUACUACCGGAACGCACAGGCGGCGUUAGUAGUGUACGACAUCACAAAGCCGGCCUCGUUCAUCAAGGCCCGCCACUGGGUGAAGGAACUACACGAGCAGGCAUCCAAAGAUAUCACCAUUGCGUUGGUGGGGAACAAAUACGACCUCGUUGCAAACGACAACGACUCGGAAGACUCGUUGCGGAAAGUCACGGUGGAAGAGGGCCAGGCGCUUGCCGAGGAAGAAGGCUUGUUGUUCUUCGAGACCUCCGCCAAGUCGUCGCAUAACGUCAACGAUGUGUUUGUUGCCAUUGGCAGUAAGAUCCCGGAAGCAAAGUCAACGUCGCCCGACGUAUCUGUACCUAGUGAAGGCGGCAGGAUUGAUUUGAGCGGCAACAACCUGCGGUCGGCGGCUUCGGACUGUGCAUGCUGA